AUGAUGUGUAAAAAAGCUGAUAAAUAUGGACUUUGUGUAACUAAUUCAGAUUCCGAUGGUGACAUAGAGAUUUUCAAACGACAUCGUCCAAACUCCAACAGAAGAGUCAACCACGUUAAAAUCAAUCCAAUAUUCCAUGAGAGAGGUCAUGAAGAUCUGGAUAGACGAAGUCAGUCUGAAGGUGAUCUCACAGCAGACGAUAUCAAUCUGCGAAGAUACGAAAGUCUUCCCAGACCCAAACUUCAGAAAGUCCAAACCUUGGAGAGGAAGUUUAGUUCUGAUUCCUCAUUGUUAGACUCUGAUCGACAUGAUUCUGACGUGUGUUCUCGACGUAUUGGUAUAGCUAAUCGGUAUGGAAGUCAUCGAAAACAUCGCGGGCGUCAUAAAUAUGAGGUGAAGAAGCCGAAGAGCAGUUUAGGCGGGAGUAGAACUACAACGAACGAUGAAGACACGGGAUUUGGUGAUUAUGGACAGGGUUAUAAUACUUUCAGUAGUGAUACGACUCAUAAAUCAUAUAAACAUGAAGUCAAACGCGUUAGACGGAAAGCUUCACGAAGAGCAGUAAUUAUGGAUAUGACUGGUAGUAAUACACUAGAUCGAAUGGGUGGGGGGACGCAGGUUGUUGACGAAGAAGAGAUCCGCGAACACAGAAUGGAAUACAGCAGCGAAACGGACAGUCACAUGGAGGAUCUGACAUCGGAACCCCCUAUCCACCUGACAACGACAAUAGAUCUUUCAGACUGGAGUAGAAGUGUGGAAGAGGUUGUAAUCACCCCAGCAAAUGAAUCCCGAACUAGGAUGUCUAUUCAAAGAAAGGGAAUAGUGGGUCGUGUGCAUAGUGCUAAAUAUAAGAAAUUCACCCAGUCUUCUUCGUCUAAUGACGAAUCUGUGGACUCUAAACCCAUAAAACCCAUCCUCGUGUCGUCUUCAUCGUGUGACGAUUCCUCUAAUACAUCGCGGAGAAAAUCUUGUGUAUCGUCGGGUGAAAGUAAGAUGGUAACAUUCGCCGAAGAUACAAUCUUUAAUGAAGACAAACCAAAACGUUACCAAAAGGAAAAAAUAAACUUAAAGGACCUUUACGGCGGAAGGAUAUUCAGUAGUUCAGUGAUUGCUAAAAUCAACCCUCUGUUUACUGAUGAUGAUGGCGGUAUUGAUGAUGAUUUUUGUAUGACCGACGAUCAGAAAGCUGAAAGACAUAAUUAUCCUGGAUCGAUCAGUUCUACUAGUACAUUAUCGGCACAGACGCUAGAUUUAAACGCGCCAUCAUAUCUCACAAAAUAUCUUAGUUCGCUGUCCAGAGAUGGUGCAUGUAGUACUAUUUCCGGUGAAUCUGGCAAUACUCCCGACAUUUACAUACCGUUAGAUAUAGAGCUAGAUAAAAUGUCUCGAAAUGACACUUAUCUCUCCCAAGAUACACUAUAUGGUGUACCAGAUGGGCAUGAUAGAUUAUUACGCAUGACAAGAAAAAAGGAAAGAAGAAUACAGAUCAUUAAAUGGAUUGUAAUAGCUGUUGCCUUUACUGUCAUAGUUGCUGGUGGUAUAUCAUUGGUCAUAUACUUCUCUAAGGAUAAAAUGCCUUGA